UUUGCUUGGUUUGAGAGAAACUGAGAGGAAGGAAAGAUGGUGUGGAGGAAUUAUUACAAGGAUGUUGUGCCCUUCAUAGCAUUGGUGGCUAUGGAGUUUGUCAUUGCGGGGCUGCACAAGCUGUUCAAAGCAGCUACUUUGACGGGUAUGAGCUACCAUGUGUUUAUGGUCUAUGAUUAUGCCUUUGCUGCUCUUCUUCUUCUUCUUCUUGCUCCCUUCUUCUCUUACAGAUCAAGAGUGUUUCCUCCUCUCAGAUUCCCUAUACUACUCAAAAUUGGACUUCUCGCCGUUAUAGGAUUUGUGAAACUGGAUUCAGGAUCUCAUGUCAGCUAUUCAUCCACUCUUCCAUCUGCCAUGGCUAACCUCAUGCCGGCUAUUACCUUCAUCCUAGCUAUUCAUUUUCAGAAUGGAGAAGCUGGUUUGGAGCAGCAGCAGCAGCAGCAGUAAGGCUAAAGUGAUGGGUACCAUAAUAUCAAUCACAGGUGCAUUUGUAGUGACUCUCUAUAAAGGUCCAGCCAUUUUCAAAGCUUCAAACCCCUCAAUGUCUCUUCAUCAACCUCUGAACUCAUCCGGUACAAAUUUGGUUUCUGGUGCUAACCCGAAUUGGGUCAUUGGUGACACAAAUCAUGGAGGAAUAUCCAGCAGAACUGACUGUAAUUUUCUUUUACAAUUUUACUGUGUGCUUCAUGGCUUUGGUUGUUGCUUUAGUUGUUGAAAGAAAUGCAAGUGCUUGGAGAAUAGGGUCAGAUAUUGCACUAG